AGCUCCGUAACUUGUUGAUCUCUCAAUUUAGUCCUUUACUUAUAUUAUUUAAAGAUUAAACAAAAAAAAACUUGGACGGAUUAAUUAGAUCAAUUACUCUUUCAUUAAUUUUGCAGAGAAGACGAAGCAAAAAUUUCUAUUUUUUGAUUCAAUUCUUGAGAGGGUGUUUAUACUAACCUGUGGCAGUGCCAAUGCGGGGACGACCCGAUUCUUAUUCCAUGUACAAGCGCGGGACCAGAGACCACUCUGUCGAUACCUAUGACAAGGAGCAAGGUUCAGACCGUUUGCUGACUGGAGUGGGCAAAGAUAUUGGAAACCCUUCUUGGAAGCGUUCACUCCCGCAUGUACUCGUGGCAAUAUUAUCUUCAUUCCUUUAUGGUUAUCAUCUUGGAGUAGUUAAUGAAACACUAGAAAGUAUUUCACGUGACCUUGGUUUUCAUGGGGAUACCAUGGCUGAAGGUCUAGUUGUAAGUACAUGUUUAGGGGGUGCCUUUGUUGGAUCGUUGUUCGGUGGUUUGAUUGCAGAUGGGGUUGGGCGUCGCAGGGCAUUCCAGCUAUGUGCUUUGCCAAUGAUAAUUGGGGCUUCAAUGAGUGCAACCGCACAAAACCUUUGGGGCAUGCUUCUAGGGAGGUUAUUUGUAGGGACUGGAAUGGGUACUGGCCCGCCUGUGGCAGCUCUUUAUGUGACAGAGGUUUCUCCAGCUUAUGUAAGAGGUAAAUAUGGAAGCUUCACUCAAAUUGCAACAGGGCUAGGAUUGUUGAGUUCUCUAUUCAUUGGAUUCCCUGCUAAGGAAAUUGAGGGUUGGUGGCGAAUGUGUUUCUGGGCAUCUGUUGCUCCUGCUGCUAUUCUUGCUCUUUUUAUGGAGUUCUGUGCAGAGAGUCCCCAUUGGCUUUUCAAGAGAGGAAGAGGUGCCGAAGCUGAAGCUGAGUAUGAAAAACUUUGGGGAGGACCAUAUGUCAAAAGUGCUAUGGCUGAAUUAUCAAAGUCAGAUAGAGGGGAUGAUGCAAAUACAUUCAAGUUCUCGGAGCUACUUUAUGGCCAUCAUCGUAAAGUUGUUUUCAUGGGGUCUACCCUUUUUGCUUUACAACAGCUCUCUGGUAUAAAUGCUGUUUUCUAUUUCUCGUCAACCGUCUUUAAAAGCGCUGGUGUACCUUCAGAGUCUGCAAACAUGUGCGUGGGAAUUGCCAAUUUGAUAGGAUCAUUUGUUGCAAUGAUUUUGAUGGAUAAACUGGGAAGGAAGAUACUUCUUAUUGGAAGUUUUUCAGGCAUGGUAGUGGCAAUGGGUCUUCAGGCAAUUUCAGCCAGUUCCUUGGUGUCAAGAAGCAGUGCGGUUUAUCUCUCUGUUGGAGGCAUGCUUUUGUUUGUCUUGACCUUUGCUAUUGGAGCUGGACCAGUCCCUAGUAUCCUCCUAUCAGAAAUGUUUCCCGGGCGGGUUAGGGCAAAUGCUGUGGCAAUUUGCAUGGCUUUCCAUUGGGUGGUAAACUUCUUCGUCGGACUGUUAUUUUUGCGGCUGCUGGAGCAGAUCGGACCGUUAGUCCUGAAUUCAAUUUUUGGUACGUUUUGUCUGGUGGCAGUAGUUUUUGUAAAGAAAAAUGUGUUGGAAACCAAAGGAAAAUCACUUCAAGAGAUUGAAAUGGCACUUCUUCAAUAAGAAUAGAGGGCUCUGCUGAAUGCAAGCAUGCCCUUGCUUGGUCUUGCAUCUAAUCCUACCGGCUUAUCAGUCCGAAUGAUAUAUACUUCUGUAAAUGGUGCCAAUUGUCAUAGACUGGAACACCUUCAUGUAAAAUUCUAAGAGCAAUUAACAGGUUUUGUCACUUGGUAUAA